AUGUACCUGGUCACCGGGCUGGGGAAUCUACUGCUCAUCCUGACCAUCAGCUCUGACUCCCACCUCCACACCCCCAUGUACUUCUUCCUCUCCAUUCUGUCCAUGGCUGACCUCGGCUUUACCUCUACCACAGUCCCAAAGAUGCUUUUGGACAUUCAGACUCACAGCAGAGUCAUCUCCUAUGUGGGAUGCCUGAUUCAGUUGACUCUCUUUAAUCUUUUCGGGUAUUUGGACAGUGCGUUUCUGUGUGUGAUGGCCUACGAUCCGUUUGUAGCUAUCUGUUAUCCCCUGCACUACCAGGUCAUCAUGAACCCCCGCCUCUGUAGCCUGCUGGUCCUGGGGUCUUUUCUGUUCAACCUUUUGGACUCCCAGCUGCACUGUGUGAUGAUGUCACAUCUUACCUUUUGUACCAAAGUGGAAAUUCCUCAUUUCUUCUGUGACCCUCAAUCUUGGCUUCAUAUUGGAAGCAUCUGA